UUCAAUUGAACUUAUUCCUGAGACCAAAAACCUCGCUUUUCUUCGCUUCCUAGCCACCGUCGUUCUUCGGUGUGUCGCAAAACCUCAAAAUACUGAAACUUCUGAAGCUGUAACUCCAAGGAUUUGGGAUUUACUCUGCAACCGAGCUCAUCAUGUACAGAGCGGCAGCUUCACCGCUGAGGUCUCUCAAGGGACGUGUGAGUAACUUGGGGACUACUAGGUUUGCAACCUCAAGCGCAGUAGCUACAAGGCCUACCUCUGGAGGGUUUUUUAGCUGGCUUACUGGAGAAAGCUCAAAUUCUCUUCCCCCUUUGGAUACACCACUUGGGGGUAUUGCUCUUCCAGCCUCACUACCGGAUCAUGUUGAACCAAGCAAGACCAAGAUCACAACCCUCUCCAAUGGUGUUAAAAUAGCAUCAGAGACGUCAUCAAACCCUGCAGCUUCCGUAGGGUUAUAUAUUGACUCUGGUUCCAUAUACGAGACACCAUUUUCAAGUGGAGCUUCACACUUGUUAGAGAGAAUGGCUUUCAAGAGCACUACUAAUCGAAGUCACUUUCGCAUUGUGAGGGAAGUAGAGGCAAUUGGUGGUAAUAUUGGUGCCUCAGCCUCUAGGGAGCAAAUGGGCUACACAUUUGAUGCUUUAAAAAGUUAUGUUCCACAGAUGGUAGAAUUACUAGUUGAUUGUGUAAGGAACCCAGUCUUUUUAGACUGGGAGGUCAAAGAAGAGCUGCAAAAGGUGAAAGCAGAGCUUGGAGAGCUUCCAAACAAUCCUCAGGGUUUGCUUUUGGAGGCAAUUCACUCUGCUGGUUAUUAUGGUGCAUUGGCUAAUCCUCUUUUGGCUCCUGAAUCAUCACUUGAUGGACUGGAUGGCAGUGUUUUGGAGAACUUUGUUGCUGAGCAUUACAGUGCACCCAGAAUGGUACUUGCAGCUUAUGGGGUCGAUCAUGAAGAACUUGUAUCUGUUGCAGACCCACUUCUCUCUGAUCUACCAAGUGUUUCCCGUCCCGAAGAACAAAGAUCUGUCUAUGUUGGAGGUGAUUUCCGUCGUCAAGGUGAAGCAGGAGGUACUCAUGUUGCUAUUGCUUUUGAAGUGCCUGGUGGUUGGCACGAAGAGAAAGAUGCCAUAGUUUUGACUGUUCUACAGAUGCUUAUGGGAGGUGGUGGUUCAUUCUCUGCUGGGGGGCCUGGAAAAGGGAUGCACUCAAGGCUAUAUCUUCGUGUCUUGAAUGAGUAUCAACAGAUUCAAUCCUUCUCUGCAUUCAACAGUAUCUUCAACAAAACUGGAUUGUUUGGCAUUUAUGCAAGCACUAGCUCUGACUUUGUGUCACAAGCUGUGGAUAUAGCAGCCAAGGAAUUAAUAGCAGUUGCAUCUCCGGGACAGGUUUCACAGGUACAGCUUGAUCGUGCCAAAAAAUCCACCAAGUCUGCUGUUUUAAUGAAUCUGGAAUCUAGAAUGAUUGCAUCAGAGGACAUAGGAAGACAGGUUUUGACUUAUGGAGAAAGGAAACCUGUGGAGCAGUUCUUGAAGGCCGUAGAUGAAAUCACGUUGAAUGAUAUUACUAAGAUUGCUCAGAAGAUUAUCUCCUCGCCUUUGACAAUGGCAUCAUAUGGGGAUGUUCUAAAUGUACCCAGUUAUGAAUCUGUUAACCGCAAGUUUCAUGCAAAAUGACAUUGCUCAUCAUCAUCAACCUGACUGAGACAUCAUAAUUUCUGGAUCACACGCGCCUCCUUGAUUCACAGCCUUAUCAUGAAACCAUCUCAGCAAUGCUGAUAAUAAGACCCAGAGAAUUUUUUUGUGCGGAUCUGAAGAAUAUUAGCAGUUUUUACCGCUAAAAGAAAAACUGAUUUGCCAAUGCCAUUAUCUGUUCCAAAAGGUAAGAAGUAGAGGAUGCAUGAUCCUGUCGUUAUUCUGCUUCUGUUAGAACUAGCAUUUAAACCCUGAAUACUCAAGGUAAUAUUAUUUUUUGCCACAUAUCAUGAAGACCAAAUAUGCUAGUAUGAUCUGGUGGUUAUUGAUCACUGAAAAUUUUGAAGUU